AUGGCCGACGACCAACGGAAGAAGGCCAAAGAGGUCGUGGACUUGACCGGUGACGACUCAGACAGUGAUGAGUAUUUCUUCGCGGGAGCCCAGCGGCUCUGGACGGGCAGUGAAGAUCCUCUGCUUUAUCUGUUCAUGAAGAAGGAAGAGCAGCGGAUCCAUGCGGAGCACCAGGCUACGGCCGACUUGGUUAAAACGGCGCUGCGCACGGUGGGACCCAUGGCAGUGCGGGAGCUCCUGCGAAACGAGAUCGUGGCCUUGGAAGAGCGCCACAGAAAGAAAGACAUGCGGCUCCAGCGGGAGAUGGAGCAGGCGGCCGAGGAGUCAAUGGCUGAGUCAAUAGCCGAGGCCGAAGCACAGGCAGCGCAAGCUGCCGAAGACCAAGCGGGAACGGCAGGCGCGGACACCCGCGGUGCGCCAAACAUCAAGAUCAAGGAUGAAGGCGUUGGGCAGAUGGCGGUCGAGAAUGGACCGCUCGGAAUGCGCGAAGUGCGUUUGGAGGACGUCCGCACCUUGAAGCUGCACGAACAGGACAAAUCCGCCCUCGGGGUCUGCGUGGACUAUAUCAACGGCAGAACGCGCCGUUUGCGGGUGUUGCAGCAGCUGGACUCGCGGCUGCAGGAUUGGGGGUGGACACCGGCGUUGCGUGAGCCGGUGGAGCGAUAUCACACUGUGUUUUGUCGGAGUGGGUUGUUCGAAACCCAGGUGAUGUGGCUUGUGUGUGCCUUGGAGCACAUGACGAUUUUAGACAUUCCCUUGGCGGAAUUUGUGGACUGGAAAGACAAGAUGCGCGAGCGCAUUUCGGACUGGAGCUACGACGCUCCGCGGGUCGUACGGUACCAAGACGAAACGAUGUUUGAAUACAUCAUUGUGUUCGUCUUGGUGUUGUUGAAACGCGAGCGAGGUGGGAAGCGGCGGCUGGGCCAAUUGCCGCACAAUGUGGGGCUGUUGGCGAACGGGAUGACUAAUUUCGCCUUGGUUCGAGCUGCAAGCGGGCGGGUGCCCGCAGAGAUUGUCUCCUGGCUCGCAGUCCGCGUUCGAAUGCGGCGCGCUCUUGAGUUGGCCCGUCUUGGAUCAAGUACUGGCGGCCUGCGGGUGCCCAACGUGCGCCAAGCACUGCCGGGGUUUGCGAUGGGGUCGAGACCGGCUCCGAGUGGGGCGCCGGCGAAGCGAACGGCUGCAGGUCCGACUCAUGAGUCGAAGCGUCGUGCGGGGCUUGAACGCCGCAGCCCGUGGUAUGUCGACCCGAGGGGGGCGCGGAUGGCGGCCGGACCACCGGAUGCGGGGUACUAUGGGGCUCCGCAGGCCCCGUCGGUGGUUGUGGGGACGCCUUCGGUUCCGGUGGCGGCGCCGGUGAAGCGGGAAUGGAAGCAGGAGUCGGCGUCAUCGGCCGAGGAUGGGUAA